UCACACCUGCAUCUUCACUUGAUUUCAUUUUGUUCUUUAUUUUCAUCGAACAUACGUUAGUGUCAGUUUCUUCGUAUCGUUUGGAAAUCAUAUGUUUUCGCGUAAUCACCCGCCGCAAAACGAAACAGACGGUUCCUGAGGAAUAUAAAUAAUUUUAAUAAUUAAUAAUUGUUGAACCAAUUAAAAAUAAAUAAAUUUAAAGCAGAUAUGAAGCCACCAAAGCCAAAUCCAAGUUUUGUAUCCCGCAAUUUGGUCACAAUUGUAAUGGUGCCAACGAUCAUUGCUGCGCAUUUGGGCUGGAAUGCCAUGCAAAACAACCGGUCUCUGGUGCAGGAACAUGAACAAAUUGAUUUGCCCGUGGUGACAUUUGCCAAGUUCGUAUGGAGGAAGAUAAAUGGCGCGGAGGAGACGGCCACCAAAAAGGAAUAGUUGUGAACGUUGAAAUGAAUUUAGCUUUUAAGUUUGUUAUGUAUUUAAUUUGGCAAAUGUAAAUAAAUUAUUUAUGUCCUAAUAGCAUAAUAAAUUGUAAUUUGUAUUAUAAAUGCGUUUCACUGAA